AUGAUACUAAUAAUGGCAAUGGCUGCCCGUCGGCGAGAGCGUGAGGAGCAGGAGCGGUUGGAGAGGGAGCGGCAGGAGCUGCGGGUGCUGGACCUGCUGGAGCAGCAGUGGCAGCAGCAGCAGCAGCAGCAGCAGCAGCAGCCGCAGCAGCAGCAGCCGCAGCAGCAGCAGCAGCAGCAGCCGCAGCAGCAGCAGCAGCAGCAGCAGCAGCAGCAGCAGCAGCAGCAGCAGCAGCAGCAGCAGCAGCAGCAGCAGCAGCAGCAGCAGCAGCAGCAGCAGCAGCAGCAGCAGCAGCAGCCGCAGCAGCAGCAGCAGCAGCAGCAGCAGCAGCAGCAGCAGCAGCAGCAGCCGCAGCAGCAGCAGCCGUCGCAGCCGCAGCAGCAGCAGCCGCAGCAGCCGCAGCAGCCACCGCAGCUUCCUCUGGAGCGGCAGUUGUUCCCACCUCCGCCUUGA